AUGGAAUCUAGGAGAAGGGGAUGGAAUCUGGGAGAAGGGGAUGGAAUCUGGGAGAAGGGGAUGGAAUCUGGGAGAAGGGGAUGGAAUCUGAGAGAAGGGGAUGGAAUCUGGGAGAAGGGGAUGGAAUCUGGGAGAAGGGGAUGGAAUCUGGGAGAAGGGGAUGGAAUCUGGGAGAAGGGGAUGAAAUCUUGGAGAAGGGGAUGGAAUGAGGGAGAAGGGGAUGGAAUCUGGGAGAAGGGGAUGGAAUCAGGGAGAAGGGGAUGGAAUCAAGAAGAAGGGGAUGGAAUUUGGGAGAAGGGGAUGGAAUCUGGGAGAAGGGGAUGGAAUCGGGGAGAAGGGGAUGGAAUCCGGGAGAAGGGGAUGGAAUCUGGGAGAAGGGGAUGGAAUCUGGGAGAAGGGGAUGGAAUCGGGGAGAAGGGGAUGGAAUCUGGGAGAAGGGGAUGGAAUCUGGGAGAAGGGGAUGGAAUCUGGGAGAAGGGGAUGGAGUCCGGGAGAAGGGGAUGGAAUCUGGGAGAAGGGGGAGAAGGGGAUGGAAUGAGGGAGAAGGGGAUGGAAUCUGGGAGAAGGGGAUGGGAUCUGGGUGAAGGGGAUGGAAUCUGGGAGAAGGGGAUGGAAUCUGGGAGAAGGGGAUGGAAUCUGGGAGAAGGGGAUGGAAUCUGGGAGAAGGGGAUGGAAUCUGGCAGAAGGGGAUGGAAUCAGGGAGAAGGGGAUGGAAUCUGGGAGAAGGGGAUUGAAUCUGGGAGAAGGGGGUGGAAUCUGGGAGAAGGGGAUGGAAUCUGGGAGAAGGGGAUGGAAUCUGGGAGAAGGGGAUGGAAUUGGGGAGAAGGGGAUGGAAUCGGGGAGAAGGGGAUGGAAUCUAGGAGAAGGGGAUGGAAUCUGGUAGAAGGGGAUGGAAUCUGGGAGAUGGGGAUGGAAUCUGGCAGAAGGGGAUGGAAUCUGGGAGAAGGGGAUGGAAUCUGGGAGAAGGGGAUGGAAUCUGGGAGAAGGGGAUGGAAUCUGGGAGAAGGGGAUGGAAUCUGGCAGAAGGGGAUGGAAUCUGGGAGAAGGGGAUGGAAUCUGGGAGAAGGGGAUGGAAUCUGGAGAAGGGGAUGGAAUCUAGGAGAAGGGGAUGGAAUCUGGGAGAAGGGGAUGGAAUCUGGGAGAAGGGGAUGGAAUCUGGGAGAAGGGGAUGGAAUCUGGGAGAAGGGGAUGGAAUAUGGGAGAAGGGGAUGGAAUCUGGGAGAAGGGGAUGGAAUCUGGGAGAAUGGGAUGGAAUGA